GUUAAUAUAAAUAAAUUGAGUAUCUCUCACCAUGAAUCCCAGCUCCAUUACUUCCAAGUACGCUGCUGCUUCUUUGCAAGGUCCUCGCCAAGCCAAAACCAAGCUCCAAUCCUCCAGCUCAGCCCAAACAACUCUUGGUCCUCCUAACCCUUUAAAGACAAGCCAUACUCCUUCUCCCAUACCUCACCAGUCCUCUGCUGCCUUCACUAUAAAUAAUCCCAACCCCUUGACCUUCCAGCCCCCUUCACCCCAUCCCUGCACUCCCUCCAAGCUCCCUUCCACACCCCCCAAAGGCCGAAGACAAAGCAUUCCCAAUGCAACGCCCAGUGAAGCUCUUGAAGAAUCUCCAGCCAAGAAGAAGAGAGAGUCCUUCGCUGGGAAUUUAGACAAUGAACAGUUGAAAAUGGUGCACCCAACUUUCUUGGGAAUUUCAACUAAUGAUAAGUCAGGCAGAAAGGAGGUGUUUGUGAGUGAUAGUUCGAGAAAUCUCGACCAAGAUAUGGUGAUCUCUCAACUGUUCUUUAAGCAUAAGUAGAAUUGAAAGAGUUGAGUAUAAAGAGAUAGUGAAAAUGUUUCAAAAUUUGGGAAUUUUACCAAGAAUAAUCAAAAAUGAGGACCUGAAGAGCAUCUUUGAUACUCUUGUUGAGCCAAGAAAGAAGAAAUUAGCGCUUGGUUUGAAGAGGUUUACGAAAUUGUUUCGAAAGGUUGCUGAAAGGUGUAUGAAGCAAAAAGGAUCCAAGGCAGUUCAAAAUUUUGUUGAUUUAAUCAGUGAUAAAUUUAAAGAUAAAUAUUUUGGUAUGCGCAACACUAAUUGGUGUGUUAUGAACCUCAAACAUUCUAAGAAACUAAGGGAGAAGUUGAAAACUUGCGAGACGAGUAAACUUCAUCAUAAAUAGCACAAGAGAAUUGCGGAAAUAUCUGAAUGCUCAGUCUCCGAUGAAGGAUGAAAAAUCCAAGCUGAGCAAGUCAGGAUUUGUUAGCAAUAUUUCAACAUCAAGGAAGAGUUUAGAACCCCAUGUUCCAAAUUAUCCUCUGGGAGAACCAUUAAGACAACUAAAAUCUUCAAGGAAUUCCAAAAUUGAUAUCCUUGCUUUCUCUCCGAAUAUAGUAGUUCCUCCAAAGCUCACUGGGAAGGAGAAGUCUAGGAGCCACCACAGCUCCACUCUAAACAGUCAUACUCGGAAAGGGCUACAUCCCAAGCCAGUCACAAUUUAGAACCCUGGAAUUUAACAUAUACGAUGAUAAGGCGGAAAAAACUUUUAACAACCAGAAGAAGAUCAGCAGAGGCAAAGUUACAAAAAGGAUGAUCCAAAAGUACAUGAAAGAGAAAGAUGUUCCAAUAGCUAACUUACAGGAGGAAGAAGAGAAGCACCAAUUGGAUAGCAACCCAGCUCAGAUUUUAGUUAAGAAGUAUGAGUUUAGUAGAAUGCAGUCACUCAAAACUCCAAAUAAUCAAGAUCUGAUGACACCAAAGAAAGCUAUUGGAGAAAGUAGUAAUACUUGAAGGCGGACUCGACAAGAUAGAAAUGCUACUAACUCUAAAUUAAAGCAAUAUGAGCAGGAUACAAAAAUAGCAGAACCAGACCAAAAAUUACCCUAUCAGCCAGCCCAAAAUAUGCCAGAAAAGCGAAGAUACCAGAGCUGUACCCCAAAAAUCGCCCAAGACCAAAAACUUCUAUACCAGAGCUGCUUUCUCAAGAUCCGGAACGCUUUCGAACGCUUCAAACAGACCACUGAGAGGACAAAUUCCAACCCUCAGCACACCUCUACCCCCACUGCUCCUCCCCUUCCUAAAGCCCCCAUUCCUCCUUCUGGGCCGACCCCUUCGUCCACUUCAAGCAUCAGAAAGCACGCUUAUCUGCUAGGCUUGGUCCAGAUCGCAGUCAAGCCUAAGAUUAAGAGUCAGUUAAAAUUAGGUUUUCAAGCGCUGAAGGGGCAUUUUCAAUAAGA